AUGCCCUCGACUCUACCCUUCCGUCCCUCUGCCAACUCCCUGGCGCCCCUCAAAACGGACGGCCUCCCCCGACUCUCCCCCGCCGCCUCGUCCGCGAAUCUUUCGCCAAGCAGCUUCUCAAUGCGCCGUUCCUCCACCGACAAUGCCGUGGCGUCCUUCAAGCCGCGCCGCUGCAAGUCGCAGUACCCGCUCGACUCGUCCGAGCGCCAUGUCGAAUACAUCCUCGUCGCCUCGUUUCAUAUCGACCGCGGCCCCAUCAUGGAGCACCAGUAUCCGGCCCCCAUCAGCGGGGACGAGAGCAUGCUGGCUGAGCUGAUGCUGCCGGAUCAAACACAUGUGCGCAGCCAGGAUUGGACCAUCUUCUUUCUGCACAAGGACAGCAGCGGCGACGACGACGAGUCCGAAAGCGGGAAAAAGAAGAAGAAUCGCAAGUCUCAGAGAUACCACGGGAAUGAGGAGGGCGCCGAUAUUCAGCACGAAAGUCCGGACGAGGGGUCGGAUGAGGCCGACAGCAGUGACGAUGAAGAGGGAGGCGAGGGACCUCCCUUGAUGUAUGUCCUCAAUCUGGUCAAUACCAAGCAGGAUCAUACAGUGCGACGAGGCGCCGUGGUCAAGGCGAUGGCAAUCUGCACACGGCAUUCGUUUCUUCAUAUAUACAAACCCCUACUACUUUUGGCGCUAGAAGAUUAUUUCAAGUCGCCCUACCCGGAGACACUGGCAACUCUCUACAACGCAGUUAACGCCAUGGAUCUCUCACUAAUGCCGAAGCUGUCGAUCUUGGAACGCCAUAUAUUGCAGUCCAGCAACACCAAGGAGAUGUUUAUCGAGAAAUUCGAGCAAAUGAUCCGUCAACGAGAGGAAGAAGAAGCCCAAGACGGCGACUCUCCGCCAUCACCCAAAAAGGCCAGUCGCUAUGCCCUUCCGAGGGACACCCACGAGUUCGAGUCAAAAGUAGCGUACAAUGACAUCCCCAUCCCCGUCAAGAUCCCGACGGUGAUCUGGCCCGAGACCGUCGGCGACUUCUCUCUCAUCAAGCUCAUUCAGACCUUUGCCGGGCCCCAUUCCGCCUCUCCUCAAGCGUUCCCAAAUCACCCUCAUUUGACCACGAGUGGGCCGUUCACACACCCAAUAAUUGUUCUAGUGAAUGCUAUCCUGACCCAGAAGCGAGUCAUCUUCCUGGGACACAACCGUCCAUCAGGGGAAGUGGCCGAGGCUGUUCUGGCGGCUUGCGCAUUAGCAUCUGGCGGGAUCCUUCGUGGAUUCACCCGGCAUGCAUUCCCAUACACAGAUCUGUCCAAGAUCGAUGACCUCCUCAACGUCCCCGGCUUUAUUGCUGGUGUGACCAACCCGACAUUCGCCAAUCACCCAGAAUGGUGGGACGUUCUCUGCGAUCUGCCCACCGGCCGCAUGAAGAUUUCGAGCCAUGUGGAGGCUGCACCGGUAACCGAAGGACUUCUCUUUUUCCAGCAACAAAACUCUCUCUUGCCAAGUCAGGCAUCAAACGCAAAUUCCGAUCCGACGGGCGAUAAUCUGUUCAUAGAGGAUAUCCUGCGCAGCAUUAGCAACCGGCAUGGCGAGAAUGCCAUCCGAGCCAAAUGGCGAGCAUACAUCACCAAAUUUACCCGUGUCGCUGCCGCUUUUGAGGAGACUGUCUACGGAGCCUCCAAUCUCUACAUCAUCGGGCCCGGCGAGGAACUCUCUCCCGACAGUCCCACCGGUCAUCAAACGGAUGCCUCAGACCCGACAUCUCUCCGCGGUCAUGGAUAUGUAUGGCCCGACGAAACGGCCAAACAGCGCGAGCUGUCCGCAUCGGUAUCACGUAUCGAGGGCUGGCGCAACACAAGAUCCUACUACUCUUUUAUCCAAGACAUUGCAGCUAUGUACUUUCCCGCGCGCCCAAUUCAACGCCCAGACCUGCACCACCACCACGACCGACUGCGAUCUCUGAAACUGUCUCAUUCAGAGGCGGCAGCUAUCUACAUCGCACUGGCCCACGCCGUCAAGGACUACAACGGAAUCUGUCAGCUCCUGACUGUCGCACCAGAGAACCAGGCCGGACUGUUCUACCUGAGCAUGGGUCUAUUCCAUCCCGACCAAGUCGUCCGCGAAGCCACCGUCGAUCUGCUGGAUCGUAUCGCCGCGCACCCGGCCGGACGCCACUUCUGGGCCCAUCUUGGCCGCUUCGCCAAGCUUGGUUAUGCCCGUGUCAAGCGCGAUCGUGACGCCGCCCAAAGCCCCACAUCGGGCAUUGGUCCAAUUCCUACUUCUCCGUCGAUGAGCAACCCCGGUGCUAGUUUCGGAGUCGAGCCGCAGAGUCUAGUGGGCGUUGCUUUGGGUGACGGGAUGUCGAGACGGAGCUGA